ACACACAUACACACAUACAUAUUUAAUUAUAAACUUUAUUGUAGAUAUAUAAUUAUGACAUUAAGAUAAAACUAACAAAAAAAUAAUUUCAGUUUGUUAAACAAAUCGUCUCUAUUUAACGGAAACACAUUCACACGCGCGCACAUACACACACGGACACACGCAUCUAUACACUUUAUACUUCAUUGAAACAUUUUAUACGAAAAUUAAUAGAGUGGGGUUAGAAAGCUUCUUCUCUUUUACCGCGAAAUUCAAAAGGAGUCAUUAUAUGAAACCUUUUCCCUUUUAUUUGUUUUUUUUUUUUUUUCUAUUUGAAAAAUAUCCGUCAAAAAACAGCAUUUACGUCAAUAAUGAAUAAUUCUUGAUUGAUUUUUAUUUUAUUUUCGAAAACGAAAGUUUUCAGCGAAGCACACGAUUUUUUUCGAAUUUCUUGGAGAGAAAAAACAAAAGAACGAAAGUUUUGUUUUUAUUUUUUUUUUUCUCUUUUUCUUUUUUUUUUUUUCCUUGAGGAAAAUAAAACUUUUACGAAAAAUUAAAAGAAAAUAAAUUUCUUCUUCGAAAUCGGUCAAUAAUUUUAUGCAACUGGUAUUCGUUAAUUGGUACAAAUCAUUAUUAUAAAACCAGGAAUAAUGAAAUCCAUCAUGGUCGCAUGGUCCAUAUUACUCGGCCAUAUUUGAUUUCAUGGUCCUCGUCGUCGUCUUCGUCGUCGGACGUGGUCGUAGACGAUUGUCGAACAAAAGACGAACUGUCAGAAUUAAAAAAUUACUUGACGAAGUAAAUAAGAUAACGUGACGUGUUAAAGGUCAAUUAGAAAAGACAAGUGGGAUGUCAUUCACUAAAACAGGCGUUCACCAUUUUAUCGAGAUCUCAAUUAAGGUUCCAAGUUUGUAAUCUUGAGAAUAGGAACGAUCCUAACCUCUUUAUAUCGCUGUUAACAUGGGAAACAUGUGCAAUGAUUGUAUGGCCAGAGUGCCUUAUGCAACUCUUAUAGCAACUAUUAUGUGUUGUUUGGGUGUUGGAAUAUUUUGUGGCACUAUGUAUAGAGGUGUUACUAUAUGUUCUCUUAUGAUGGAUCAGGUAUUUCAUUUGAGACUUGGCUGGUUGGAAGCAUUACAAUUGGUUCUUGCUAUAAUAGGAGCUAGCAUGGCUGCUUUAGGCUUUAUGAUUUUAUGCGUUGGUUGUCUUGCAACAGGUGCAACAAGACAUAAAGUAUAUAGAGCAUGGCGAUCUAGAGUAGGAGGUCGUAUUUCAUGUGCUGUUUUCAUGACCAUUACAUACGUAUCGCAAUUGAUCUGGCUUGUUAUAUUUGCAAUUUUAAUUGUAAUCACAUUUCUAUUUACUAUAUUUUGGGGAUUGUGCAGUAAUCCUCGUGUUCAGUCUCUCGAUCAAUGCAUCGAUUUUACUCAAUUCAGUUUUCUAUUUCCAAAUAAUACAAGAACGGAAGACAUGAAAGUUUGCGGAUCUCAAGAGGUCAAACUCUUUUGUAAAGAUUUCGUUCAAAAUGCAGAAGUGAUGUUCAUUUUGGCAACAAUUGCCGCAAUAUUGGCGAUCCUAAGUUUAACGCAUUAUUUAAUGUGUUUGUCUGCCAAUUAUGCGCACAUACGUGAUCAUGAAAAAUUUCAAGAAUUACAAGAAUUACAAUAUCUUCAAGAUCCUGGUGAUCCAGAUUCUCCGCAACCUGGAAUGGGAACUUUAAGCUCUCAUCAUCAUGCUAAAGAUAGAUUCUAGGAUACAGCCCGUGAGAUCUUCGCUAUGAAUCCAUUAUAACGUUGACUGCUUCUAUCCUAUAGAAGCUUAUAAAAAUUCAGAACUGGAUUGACAACAUUAAUUCAUUAAUCUUUCAUUGUACCUAUUACUCAGUAUACUACUUAUCGAAUAUUAGUCGCAGUAGUUUACUGAUUCAGAGGAUCUUACGGGAAUACUCUAUGCCGUCCAUUAUCUGCGACUGUCUUGUAAGCAUUUUAUUUUAUUUCUUUUUUACAUUCCUUAAGUUUUUCUUCUUUAUUAUUAUUUUUUUUUUUUUUUGUAUAUCGUUUAAUAGUAUAUUAUCAUUUAUUUUAAUUUUUCUUUUUCAAUAUUUUUUUUUUUUUUUUUUUUUUUUUUUUUUUUUUUUUUUUUUUAUUAUAAUAAGAAGUAAUCUAUAAAAGAUAAAAUGAAUAAUGACUUCAGAGAUAUAUAAUCUAUGAAUGUUAUAUAAAACUCGACAAUAUAUUAUUAAGAUUGAAAGAGAUAUAUGCACAAAGUAUUCAUAAAAAUGAAUAGACAUAUCCUGAAAAAUAU